AUGGAAGAGAAUUCUGAGAGAGCAGUUCCCUUUCGUUCAAAAUGGACGCGACUUAUCGCUGCUGGUUCUGCUGUUGUCGCAAUAAGUACUCUCAUCAGCGUUUCCAUUUUCGUUCCGAACAAGACUGAAAAUGAUGCCCCUUCUACCGACGUCCAGGAAGCAGUGGAAACAGUUAUCUCUAUGGAAAAGCUUCAGCGAGGUCUAGAAUCGCCCUAUAGAUAUGAUUGUGAUUCGCACAAAUGCUCAAACUUGGAUGAUUACGUAUGGGCGCACAACGAAGGAUACUCUUGGGAGAUUUUGGAAACGAACAAAUCCGCCCUUGGUGGAACUACUUAUAUCGUCAACAUGACUAGCCAGUACUGGCUAACGGAGGCUGAAAAUCUAACUCUAAAGAAAGACGAAUACGACCCAGACCUUCAUGGCUCUGGAUUUCUGUACGUUCACUGGGCCUCAAACAAGAAAAACGGCGCAAUCACUUCAGAGGCGUACAAAAUGGCUGAUCAAAUGAUGCACCGAGCGCGAACAACGAAGACGAUCGUCGCAUGCGUCCGACAAGUUCCGAACCAGCCACUGUUUUUUGAAGAUGAUCCACGAAGCGAAGAAUUCCCCAAGGGACGAACUGAAGAUGAUAUAAUUGCAUUCGGCUGGCGGAAAUUCGUUGAAGAGCCAGAACAUAAUCCAGAAUGGCUGGUUCACAUUCCGAUGACCAAAGCAGCUCGAUUGGCGAUGGAUGCUGUCGAUGAAAUUUAUGAAGAAGUCAAGGCUGAUUUCGCACACGGCGAGAGUGUUGGAAAAAUUGAUAAAUUCUGCGUUGGUGGCGGUUCUAAGCGAGGAUGGACGACUUGGUUGAUUGCAUCCGUCGACAAGCGAGUUAAAUGUGCGACUCCGGCGGUGCUCGAUUGCUUAAAUAUGCAGCAGCAGUUUAUUAAUUGGUAUAAGAAUCUUGGGGCGUGGAGUUUCGCACUCGAGCCUUAUUGGUCUGAGAAUCUAACAGAUUAUAUAUACGAUCCUGCCUUCGCAAUGCUACAAGAUGACAUCGACCCUAUCUCCUACGCUGACCGUCUUACGAUGCCGAUUUUGGUCAUUACUGCGACCGGAGAUGAAUUUUUUGCACCAGACGAUUCUUACGAAUACUUUGACAAGCUGGUGGGUGACAAUAAAUAUCUGCGCCUUUUACCAAAUACAGAACAUACCACACGCCAGGGUCUUCUUCAAGUUAUGUCAAGCCCGGAUAGUACACAAGCGAUAAGAGCCCUUUAUCUUCAAACAAUGAAGAAUUACAGACAGCCGAAGGUGACCUGGGAACGCUUUGUACGAGAAAAUGGAAAUUCCGUUGUCAAACUCACCACGGAUGUGACUCCAACUUCUGUUGUUGGAUUCUACGCAGAAUCAAAAAAUGCUACAAGACGGGAUUUCCGAAUGAUAUCUUUGGACCCUGAUUUUGUGGACUGGGAACAGCAAAACGACUCUCAGGAAAAGCAAAAACUGAUUCAUGAGAGCCUUCUCAAAGACGAAUCGAACCCGAUUUACCCGUUCAUGUUCUCAGGUGCCAAAUGGAAAACAUCAAUGGUGCGACACGCGGGUAACAACGAGUACAUUCUGGAAAUUCCGCGAGCUUCUGAAGGAUACAGAGCUGCAAUGAUUCAAGUCUCGUUUCCCGGCCCCGACAACAGAAGCGACUUCACUGUUACAUCCGAAGUUAUGAUCACUCCCGACUCUCGUCCAUUCAAAAUGUGCACAGAUCCCAAUUGUCGAUCAUUCCUUGUUUGA